AUGUUUAAAAAUAAUAUUUUUUUUUGUGUCUUCGGUAGGCAGCUUUCUGCUGCUGCGCCAGCUGCUGCUGCAGUAGGGAAUGCUAAGACCUUGGGUAGGGGCUGGAGCCUAUCCUUCCCUGCUACCUUCUGCAGCAGCAGCAGCAGCAGCAGCAGCAGCAGCAACAGCAGCAGAAGCAACGCUAACAGGAGGAGCAGCAACAGCAGCAGCAACGCCAAGAGCAGCAUCAACGCGAACAGCAGCAGCAGCAGCAGCAACAUCCCCAGCAGCAGCAACAGCACCACCUCUAGCAGCAGCAGCAGCAGCAUAGACAGCACCAACAGCAGCAGCAGCAUCAGCAACAGCAGCAGCAGCAUAGAUAGCUGCAGCAGCAUUGACAGCCCCAGCAGCAGCAGCAGCAGCAGCAGCAGCCCGAGCAGCAGCAGCAACAUCCCCAGCAUCGACAGCACCACCACCACCAGCAGCAGCAUCGACAACCCCACCACCAGCAGCAGCAGCACCACCAACAGCAGCAGCAGCAGCAGCAGCAGCAGCAGCAGCGUGGACGUGCUGCGUACAAGCAGCAGCAAGUGUAUGGGUCUGCUGCCGGUGGGCUGCAGGGGGUCGCAGCAGCAGCAGCAGCAGCAGCAGCAGCAAAAGAAAAAAAGAAAUUAA